AUGCAGAUGAAGAUAGUGAAACUACAGUCCUCCCACGAAGAGAUGAGACAGUCAAGUAAUAAGCAGCAUGUUUCUGGGAGUGUGGAAGCCCGCCUGAAUGCCCUUGAGGAGUCUUACGCACUGGCCCAGAAACAGGUGGGCAUGGCCUUGGCCACGGCCGAACAGCUCAAGACGUCCGACCUCCCCGCCCAGGUGCUGUCGCUCCACACAGAGAUGAAAGCCCGCCUGGCGGAGAUGCAGCAAGCCACGGUGUCUCUGGAGCAACUGAGCCAGCUGCAGAGCAUGCUGAAGGGGAAGAACGAGGAGUUUGAGGGUGUCAGGAUUCAGGUGGAGGGUCUGGCCUCACUGAGCGGCGAGCUGUCCCAGAAGGUCGAGGUCUUGACGGGGAGCCUGGGAGAAGCAGAAUUGAAGCUGGACGAGAGAGCGGGUCAGUUUGCCACGCUGAGCGCCACCGUGGACGGGCAGGCUGCCGAGGUGCUCCGACUGAAGGAGCAGCUGGGCGCCCACCAGGCUCAGCUGGAGGCCAGCAUGCUGGAGAUGACUACUGUCAGAGAGCUGCUUAAAAAUGAACAGUCCCAGCAGCUCCAGCAGGCCAGUGUUGAGGAGCAGCUCGAUACGGUACGUCAGAGUCUGCAAGAUCAGAACUCAGCAGCCCAAAGCCUCCACUCUGAACUUGGGGCUCAGCUGGAGAGCAUACAGAAGGAGGUUACACAGGCAAACUGCACCAGAGUGGCACAUCUGGGAUAUUUGGUUGACAUGGAAGCUGAAGAAGAAGAAAAGGCAGAAGAGGAAGAAGAAGCAGCAGCUCUUGAUGACUCUGUGACAGAACAAACAGAGGAUGGGGAGGCAGUGACGGAGGAUGAGCCAGAACAAGAGGAGUCAGCUGAUGUGUCAGAAAAGGAGGAGGAAGACACAGCACAGACAGAAGAGGAGGAACAAAAUGUCAAAGAGGAGACACCCGAAGAGAAGAACCAGGUAGCUGAUGAAGAGGCUGGAUUAGACGGAGAGGAAGUUCAGGAGGAGAGCCAUAAAGCAGAAGAGGAGAAGGAGGAGGCUGCAGAGGAAGAAGACGAUGAAACGGAAGAGGAGACGGCAUCCGAAGCAGAGGAGGAGCAACCUAAUGUAGAGGAAGAAGUCUUAGAAGGAGAGGAAGAACAGCAGGACGUAGCAGCUGAGGAGGAGCCACAGGAGGAGGAGGAUGAGGCAAUAGAAGAUGAUGCUUUACCUGAGGACAAAUAGUCCAUGUUGCCCGAAACAUCCGUCAAGCAGAAUGGGAACUUUCUCAGACUAACAUCACUGUCUACAAUAUGACAAAUACUGUAGGAAGGCAUUAUUGAUUGCUGUUGUUUAGGUGCAGUAUUCAUCGUGUGGUUGCUCUCUGAAAGGCGGACCUGCUCAGAAGAAUUAAGUCACUAUGCUGGAGUCGGAACUGAAACUCGUACCUCAAAAUCUAAGAUGGCUGUCUAGUAAGGAAGUGAGUCAUUCAGGGUUUAACCUGCCAGUAACAACCUCAAAAGCCUUAAUCCAUAAAAACAAUGCCUGUGUUUCUAGAGAGAAUAUUUCCACUCUUCACAACUCACACUUUUGUUUUUUUGUUUUUUGUUUUGGUCAAAGUUCUGUACUAAACUGGAAAACCAAAAGCCAAUGAAAUAACAAAAAGCCAAUGCGUAAACUGAUUUAUCAGUGCACUUGAAGCCAUAAAUAAUGCCUGUCAUGGUGACACAAAAGUAUGUUUCUUUUUGUCACUGCCUGAAAUGCAUCAUGAGGAAAAAGAGCAGCAGUUUAUUUUGUAUGUUUACACAGGCGAGACUGCCAACUCUAGAGCUCGCAAAAAAACAAAACAAAAGAAAGGCAUCUUUGAUAAGUGAAACAAGAGCAAUUCCUGAAUGUUUUUAAAGUAUAUUACAUACUGUAGUUAGUAAGAUUGUCUUUUUUUUUUUUUUUACUCUUAAGUGCAUAUUUGUGGUUAAGUGCUUAAAAACUGGAGGUUUGCUUAAUAUAGUUUGGGUCAUUGUCUCUUUUUUUGCACUUUUUUAACUGAUUACAAUUCCAGCCAGACAGAACACACCUGUAGUAUUUUCAGAUACAGUGAUGUGAUCUAAAAGCCUGAGUCCUCUGCCAAGAACUGUUUGGUUCCAAGAUCAAUAUUCUACUACUUUUUAUGAAAAAAGUAAAUAAAUAAAUACAUACUUUCAUUUCGAGGAUCGUUAGCAAAUACCAUCAGAUAGUUCAUGCAUUAACUUCAGAAAAAAACAGCUACAUUCAGACUGCAAGCAAAAGUCUAAUUUAUUGUUUUUCUUCCUCAUAUGUGACUCAGAUUAGUUUUUUAAAAAAAUUAGUGGUAGUGACAGUGUGAUCAGCACAAAUCACGCUGAAUGUAGCCUUUUUCAGUUCUGAUUUGAGCAACUUUCACAUGUGGUCCUAAAUCAAGUCUGAUUUCUUGCAGUGCAGCCUCAGUCUGGAAUUUACCGCUCUAGAUCGACAAUCAUCACAACACUUUGCUAGCAGGAGUCACUCUGAAUACAAAAAAAAUAAAUAAAGGACAGCUGUGAUGGAUAUAGUCAGUGGAGAGACUGUGAGAUGUUGGACCUCAUAAAUAUUCAGCAUGACACUUCUCAUGAACUCGCAGGCUUCCACUGCACAUCCACUGAUCAAUGAAACCGUGAACGCUGAUCUCAGAGGCCUUCGUGUUUACGACAGCGUGCUGCGUGUCAUGUCUACUUUAGUUAAAAAAAAGAACAAAAAUCAAUCUGAGCAAGGAAUCUGAAUUGGGCAUUAAGGCUUGCAGUGUGAACGUAGCUUAAGUGAAGCACCUCAGGGACUAAUGGUUUUCCACAUGGACGGAAAACUUUUGCGGCGUUGAACUGCAGCUGAUUUACAGCAGUUUGCAGGUCAUUUUCAUUCAAAACCGUGAUCAGACCCAAGUUGUGCACAAUAACUAAAUAUCAACACACUGUACAAAGUCAACACAUUCAGUCAGAAGACAGCUUGUUUUCAGGUCACAUUUUAAAUGACAAAGUUAGUCUUUUAACCAAAUGGUACCGAAACAUUGCUGCUGAAAACAGUAACUGAAAGUAUACAUGGAGCUUUGGUGAGCAGAAAGCCACAGGAGAAGUUGUAUACAAACAGAAAUAGCUCAUAUGUGCAGGUUCAACUGCAAGAGAAACAGAAUCACCACUUGACUCUGCAGAAUCACUUCACACUUUGUACCUUUAGGUGGUGCAGAAGAGAAGCUUUGCAAGCAGGACACUGACUCUAAACAUGGAUCCAAACUCUGCCAGGACACUGCAAUCCGUUGGAGGAGCGAGGAUUGCCGAUGUUUGUGCCUCUACCUCCACAGUCACCAUUUCUACCCUGCUAAACGUGUCUGGAAAGGAAAAUGGGGCAAUAAAAAGGACAAAACACACAGUCACAUCAGAAAACUUUCCCUGAGAUGCUCUGAAAUCAACCUUAAUAAUGUGAAUUCUCAAAUAAUGCAAAAACAUGUUGAAUCCCUGUGAUUAGGGCAAGGACUUCAAUAUCAGAUAUGUUGCUAUAAAAUGACCUCUUUUGAGAAAUGACAGAUGUGUGUGUAUUCAUGUUUCACAAACACGGCGUAUGUUUCUGAUAAGUUCUUGGGAGUGUAGUAAGACUUUUAGAUACUUCUGUACAUUUUUACUAAAACUGACACUGAAUGCACUGUUUUUGCCAAGGCAGUGGUUACUGUCAGUCCAACACUUCACAUGUUUUUAAAAUAAACCCCGGUUCUUUCCCUUUUGAAUGCUU